UCGAGAAGGAAUUCAGCAGUCUCCAAUUGCUUGAAGAAGGGUAAGGUAAGGGAGUGGAGGAAUAGAGAAAGAGGGAAGCCGUGGCUAUUCUAUUCCAAAAAAAAAAAAAAAAAAGAUUCUAAGAAGAUUCGACUGUCCAGUUUUUUCGCAAUGAUGAUGAGUUUGGCCUUUGCAGUAGGAGGGGGUGGAGAUUGGAGUACUGUGGUUCCGCGAUCUUCAAUCGACGUUUAUGGAGACGAUGCAGGAGAAGUCUUAGUGAGGGCGUUGGAGGGAAUGAGUGUGGUAGACAAAGGAAUGACUUCCAACCUCGUGUUUGACUCGGAGCUGUCUAAUCUGAGGAUUCUUGAUCGAUUGAAUGAGGCGGCGGGGUGGAGAGGAAGAAGGCGGUCGAGAGGCACGAUCCUGGCGUUCCAUCCGUAUAAGGUGGGCGGUCAGGAGGUCCUCGAUGGUGAAUUGGGAGGGGUUGAGAGAGGCAGUGUCGAAGUCGUCAUCGGAGGUGGGUUAAGUGGUGUCAUUAUGGAAAAAGAGGGGGCGGGAGGGAGCGGGCGCGGACUGGUGAUGGGGGUGGAGGAGUCGAUCGUGGUGAAGCAUGUGAGAGAGGAGGUCAGCAAGGGGCAUGUCGGGUUCGUGGGCGAGGGCGGUGGCAAGAUCUUUGUGGCAUACUCGCUUGAUGUGGGAGAUGAACGCAAAGUCGGGAAUGACGGUGGUGGGGAGGUGAUGGCAGAGGGAGCGAAUGUAUUGGACGAAGCGGUCUGUGGGACCGGUUUGGCGGAGGUGGCAGAAUUGUUCGAGGUAGUCGUCAAUGGUUUUCUGGGGGCGGAAGGUGGCAGCGAGAAAUUUGGCCCAUUGGAGGAAGGAGUGACGUGGUCCUUCAGAGGCUCGGCGGUUGCUGACUUCAGCCAUCCACCAUUUGGCGGCAUUGUCGAGGAGGCGGGAGGUAGCAAUGAGGAGCCAGUGGGCAAGGGGCAUGUGGUGGUGGAGGUGGUAGGAGUGGAGGAGGUCGACGGGGGGGUGUUGCUGGAGGCGGCUGUGGAGGAGGGAGUGGUUUGCACUCUGGAGGUUGGAGUGGUUUGCGUUGUGGAGGAGGGAGUGGUUUGCGCCGUGGUGACGACCGUGAUGGAGGGGAUGGUCCCUUCGAUCGUGGUGAUGCGGUCGCAUAUGGACGACAUGUUGGCCUUUAUGUCGCCGAGAGAGGCGGUGACGGAGGUUCGGAGGGUGUUGAGUGCAUCGAGGAUGGCGGAGAGGUCGAAGGUGGCGGUGUUUGUUGGUGGUUGUUCGCCUGCGAGGUUGCGGGCGAUGCUAUCAACUGAGUCGGUGCGGAUGUCAGACAUGUUGAUGGAGGAUGCGGCCAUGUUAGGGGAAGAGGGGGUGGAGGACGUGGCUUGAACGGGUGUGGAGGAUGCCGCAGCAGCGGUGGCGGUGGCAGCAGCGUGUUGGGAGUUUUUGGUUUGGCGUGGUGCAUGUGGAGGGUGGGGGGGGAAUCCCUUAUUUAUUUAUCAAUAAAUUCAAAAAUAAAGA